CCUUUAUUGUGAAUACACAUAUCACAGUCAUACAAGUGUCACAUUACAAUCACGACACGCAAUAUAAGCAGGACAAGACAGAACAAAGGCUAUGAAACUGCUAGGGACUCCAGUUGUGCUAAAAGAUACUGAAUGUCUGUAGUCACUUUCUUCCUGGCAGACCUGAUCUGCUGCAGGCCAAAAGUCUGAGUUGAGUCCAGUGCCAGUAACUGGCUCAUGAGGCUCUCCUCUAAGAAGAUGUACCUCUUCGAUCCAACCUCCCCAGAGAAUGAGACAACUUCUUUUUCAAGACUCUCCACUUGAGCAGCAAUGUCUCUGAUUCUCAUCAACUGGGCUUCCACCUCUGCCUGCGGCCUCUCCUCACACUGUUCCUCUUGUUCAGCAGUCAUCUCUUGUUCCGCAGGUUGCUUCUCCUGUUCACUGCUCUUCAAAGAUUCAUGAACUCCAGGCUCCUCUGGGGCCGCAGGCUCCAGUGACAGGCCCUCUAGUUUGGGGUAUUCCACAUGGACUCCAGACGAUGAAAGAGGAGAAGUGGUGUUAGAAACUUGCGCUAGCUGCUCGGUGUCAGCAGGUUUAGUUACACCUGAUGAAUGACGGGGUUUUUGGUGGGAGUGACGGGGCUUGGGGCUACGGUUCACAGGUCUGAAGAAAUCAGAGUUCCAGUUGGUGGAAGACACGGGAAAGGGAGAGAAGAAGUUAGGUUCUGGGUCGGCUAGAGCCCAGGGGCGGCAGGUGCUCGAGAGACGAGGGUCGUGCCAGGUAGUCAGACGGUUUGGGUGGUUGACAAAGAACGGCCAUCCACUGACGGGGUCCAUUUUCAUCUCCCAGUUUGGAGGUAACGCUGCUCGAGGUGUUUGCUGACAGUUAGACCAAGUGCUUGCUAUCAUAGUCCACCAGCCCAGAUUUUAUAGAGCCAUCCCCUACCACGCAAGAUACUUCUACGACUCGCUACACUUAUCCAGAAGAGGCACGAGAACGUAGUAUCGAGAAUUGUCUUGAAUAUUCGGUGUUAACUUUUAGCGUAUGCGCGUCGAAGGUGGGCGGUGCUAUAAUGGAAGGCGGGCAAGUGGAGGGAGGUGAGACGGAGCUCCUGCUGUCCUCAGAGAGGCUCAGCAGCGACUCUCCUGUCAUGUGGCCAGACCAGCAGCACUUCUUUGGAGACUUCAAUCCUCUACAUCUCUCCCCUGCUCCUCCUGACUGGCUCCUUGAUGUUACCAGGGACGACAUGGCUUCCAUCAAUGAACUGGCUUGUCUGACUCCGGCUCAGCUGAUGGAGAAGAUAAGAGGACUUCAGAAUCUUGCCUACCAACUGGGUGUCGAAGAAGCACGUCAGAUGAGUCGAGGAAGACACCUGAAUGUUCUCCAUGGUCCAGUCAGACAUGUAUCUGGACCUCCUGACUGGACCUCACAACACCAGUGAACUGUCAUGACAUCAUCUCAAACCCAUUGUGUACUGUAUG